GCUUUUUUCGCCAAGCCAUCUUGGAGGAUCGAGCGUCGCCUUCCUCAAUCCUUUUCCUUUUUGCUCUGUCUCUUUCACUGUGCUCGAUCGAUUAAGGGAGUCUCUGUAUCUCGAUAAAAGCAUUGUUCCAACAGAUGAUUCUUCUCGAACUCAACCAGAACUUCAGUCGAUUAAUCAGGGAUAAUUGUAUUCUUCAUGAUGUUGCAAUGGAUGGGAGGAUCAAGGCGGAAAGUGACUACUUCAAGAAAGUCAACGCAAAAGAGACAAAAGCAAUAUUUUGAACAAAAAAAGCGGCAACAGCAACAACUGUUGACAACUGGGAUGGAGAGCUAUGCUGAUCGAAUGAACACAUCCAACCAACAUCACAAAAAACAGAGAUCGCUGGAUAUUCUUAGCUUGCUGAAUCUGUCAACAGUUGCAAAAGAAUGUGAGUCCAGUUGCCCAAAUCUGGAUGUGAACAGUUGCAUCACGAAGGGUUCACCGACAAUAAUUAUCAGCAAGGUUACUGCUGUGGGCUCUGCUGACUUUGGGGAAGCAAGAGCUCCAGCUGACCACAUAGAGAAGUUGUCCCCAAAGAAGGUUCCAUUUUGUGCACCAGAUGGUCCUAACAAUGCUUCCAUUGGAAACAGCGAUAAACCUGAUUGUUGGAAGAUUGCUGGUGAACACCAGCUAUCUGUCAUUGAUCUGCUUGAUGAUGAUGGGUCCAAUAGUGAAUUAGGAGGAAGUCCAACAUGUGAACCUCAUGCUGCAUUUACAGUCGAAGGUUUAGGUAAAGUUGGAACCGAGACGCCAGUUAAUUCACCGCCACAACAAGUCAGUGUGAUGGAUCAAAUGCAGGAUGCAAUAAUGCAAGAUAUCAGUAUGCUCCCUAGUGGCAGCUCUUUGGAAUCACCUUCAUACUCAAGGUGCAAUCUAAAACAAAAAGUAUCUGCGGUUGAAGACUUGGUGCAACUUGAUGGCAGUGGUAAUAAGAUCAGGAGCUCUUUUGAUGAUGAAAUCUUCUUCAGUACUGAAGACAAAAGUGAAAAUAUAUGGGAUGGUAGGUCUAGCUUCCUAGAUGAUAAUUUUCUUGAGGAGAUGGAAUAUGAUAAUUCUUGGAACUGUCCGCAUCGAAUGGAUGAUGACUCUGCUGAAUUUUUGGAAUUUGAGACGUCGGAUUUUGUUUUUGAAGAUUCCUAUCGACUGAAACCACGCAGGGGUGCUACAAACCUGAAAUGCAGUUUCAAUAUCUUAGAUUCACCUGUUCCUCAUCCCAAGCAUCAAAGAUCAAAAAUCAUCAAUAAUUUCACUGCUUCCGAUGGGGCAAGGUACCCCACAGAAGAAAGAUGUAGUGAUUUUGGAGGCAUAGCCAACCAUCCAGCUUGGUCAAAAUUUAUGGUAGAAGACACCAGGGAUAGUUUAAGCUUGGUCAGUGAGGAGUCAUGCUCGUCCAGUGCAGUGAGGGGCGAGGCAACUACUGAUUUACCGAAAAAUUCAAUUGCUGGAGAGAGUAUCGGAAGACAUAUCAAUGAUUUUGGCAGUGGAGGACACAAGCAUGAUGUAAAACAUUUAUAUGACGAGGAAACAAGGUACAGUAAGAAGGAUGUAAUUCGAGAGCAGGAGAAUGUAAAUGGAUCAAAAAAAUAUUCUCAGAUAUCAAAUCUGACAAGGUCAAAAUUACCGUGUGGCUCGAACUUUAAUUUCUGGAAAAAAUCAGAGAAUGAAAGUUGGUUUUAUGAGAAUGCAUCUCUUGACAGAAAUUCAGGCAUCAAUUCUUUUGGCCGAACCUCAGAGAGGGUAUCCUCAGGUUGGACUGAUACCUUUGGUGCAUUCCCCAUUCCUGAAUUACAUAAUAGUGCCAAAUUGCCUUCUGAUAGAUAUAAAGAUAGUAGUACUAUUGAAUCCUCUCCAUCUGGGCACCUUUCCUCCAGAGAACGAUCAUUCCACCAACCCUUUGGUCAUCUGCACUCUCAUAAUUCUCCUAUUUUCUCAAACAUUGGGUUGGGGCUGGGAAAGCCAGAUUUAUCAUCAGGUUCUAAGAUGGCAGGCAUAGCUCCGGAGUCAUCCCUGUCUGCAGAUCCUCGUGAAGAUGCAGAGUUCCCUAAUGUAAUUGUGCAGGAAAGUCGUAGCAGUGAAAAUAGGAAGAGUAAAUCAAAUAUCCCGCCAACCAACUGCCAGAAGUUUGAAUUGGAGAAUGAAGCUUUCAUGGAGCACGCCAAUGUGAUUUUUGAAAAUGCAAAGCCAGUGGAUGCUUGUGAAAUAAUGGACAUCGGUGGCGAAUGUGAGAAAGCAAGAGAGAAAACUCCGGAACAGAUAGAAAGUCCACCGGUAAUGGGGAACCCCAAAGUAGCGCAAUUUUCUGAACGUACAGAGGAGACAUCAUCUUCAUCACUGAAGGUUCAUGACACAUUUUGCACGAGUGUUGAUGAAAAGAAGUAUCAUCAUGAUUCUCAAAUUUUGGUUCCAUUUCAAGAUGGGAUUAAAGAGAGAGGAGAUCCUGGGCCUGGAAACGGAACAAUAGUAGUCAAGGGGCAAAAGAAAUGCAGCGACUCAAGUCACCAAGUGAUGAUGCUUGAAAGCUAUGUUCUUCAACUUCUUUGUGUGCAGAAGGUAUUGAAGGAGGCAUCUGCACAGGACACCUUGAAGGAAGUAUGACUGCCCUUCCUCAAAUUUAAAAGCAUUUUAAUUCUCUGAAACUCGCCCAUCAAGACCUGAGAACACGAUUAUAUUGUUGGCUGUUGGAGCUGGCGGCAAAAUUGGCUUGUAAUUUCAGUUGUUUCGAACUUCUUAAAGCAACCAAAGGGUUCGAAUAGCAUACAAACACAUGAGAUAACAUGAAGGGUCCUGCCCCCUCUUAAUGAAAAAGCUUACAGAUUUACUCUGAACAUAAA